AGACGACCGAGCCGAGUUGCAGCAAGGAGAAACGAAGCCGCGACGCCCGUCCUGUUAGUGUGUGUUAUAUAUACCGUGCCCGGAAAUUCAGGGCGGUGUCUGUCUGUUGUUGCUGCAACGUUAUUCCUACACUGUCUAUCAGCCGCGCGCCUGGGUGGGUUUGCUCGUGAGGAUUCCGUGCUCUGCUACGGCGUCAAGAUUGCCGGGCAGGAGAACGUGGAGGUUGUGCCGCCGCCGCCGUUCGAGGUCGCCCAUCUCUGUCUGCUGGUGGCGAAACUCUUCAGCCUGCGGCCGCCGCGGGAGUUCUCGCCCGAGGACAUGCAGGAGGGAAACUACCCUGAACCCGACCCCGCCGCGCCGAUCAGGGUGGUCCCGAAAAGAACCUAUACCGACAUCCCCUGCGGUGGAGGAGUGCCCGGGAAGAUCUCGCGAGACUUGAACCCGAAUCCCGCGAGAGAAGAUGAACCCUCGCGAGAAGAGCCGAGACUGAAGCGGCGGCGCGUGCGCACUGAGUGGACCCCCAGCAGGGAGGAGGCUUCCGAAAUGGCGGCCGGCUGUUGUGGUGUGAAGAAGCAGAAGGUCUCUCAGGAUUCGCACCACAACAACGGCUAUCGGCUGAGUCUAUACCCCAUCAAUGGGGUGGAGAGGAGGCUGGUGGUUAGCACCGAGAUGUGCUGCUUCUGUUUCGACGUGCUGUACUGCCAUUUGCACAGCUUCGAGCAGCCCAAAGUGCCGAGGUUCACCAACGACCCAUAUCCGCUGUUUGUGACCUGGAAGACCGGGCGCACACGUCGCCUGCGGGGCUGUAUGGGCACCUUCACAGCUAUGAACCUCCAUGGUGGACUCAGGGAAUACACUCUCACUAGUGCUUUGAAGGACAGUCGCUUUGCCCCGAUCAGCCGGGAUGAGAUGCCGCGCCUGCACUGCUCCGUGUCUCUCCUCACCAACUUCGAAGAUGCAAAAGAUUACCUCGACUGGGAGAUUGGCAUCCACGGGAUUAGGAUAGAGUUUGUGAAUGAGAAGGGGUCCAAGCGCACAGCAACUUACCUACCUGAAGUGGCCAGGGAACAAGGCUGGGAUCGAAUACAGACCAUAGACUCCCUCCUGCGCAAGGGUGGGUACAAGGGCCUCAUCACGAACGACGUGCGGCGCAGUAUACGACUGACGCGCUACCGCUCGGAGAAGAUGACCGUUGGCUAUGCAGAGUACAUCGCUCACCGAAACAACAACAACUACCAGUACAAACACUUAGCAAACGGGUGCACCUCCAAAGUUUUAUGAUAAAGGCAAGCAGUCACAUAGAGAGGGGCAGUGAAAUCAUAACCUUUUUUUGUUUUAUAAAAUGAAUGGAAAAAACCCUUUCUUUUUUUUUUAUUGUUGUUAUAUACAGUUGUUGAGUUUUUAACGAGAGAGAGUUCUCCCAGAAAGGAUACGAAAGUUGACUGGAAGAAUUAACUACCAGGUACUGAUGCCUGCUCACUUUAGAGUUUCACACAGCUCAUAACGCUUGUUUUUCCAUUUCUGUAUUCAGCUUGCUUGCACCUUCGCAGUAUUUCCAUGAAAUUGUAGACUGGCUUUUGUAAACAUCUGUUUAUUAUGCCUCUGUUUUGGCUUUCACGAUAGCAUACAGCUAGUGAAGCAUUCUGUUUGACUUUAUUUUAUGUUAACGUUUCGUUAGAUAUCCUUGUCUAAUUGAAGAUACCCAAUAAAGACAGUAGGUUUGAAUUUCGCUUGGUGCAUGUGCAUCUAAAUUGCCCUGUUUUCUCUAAAAAAAAAAGACCCAAGGCAAACCACAGUCAUGACUUUGCUUUGUACUCUCUUUUUUUUCCUUCAAAACCUACGCUCUUCACUUUGGUGAAAAGGCUUAUGUUUUGGGGGAAAAGAUCCAUAGAGUCCAUUGUGCAAAUUGUUUGUGACAGGUUUGCUAUAAAGUUUGCCCUAAAAUCGAUUUCGAUGCACUGGUUGUAAGUAGUUACCUUACCAGCUACACCACAGCCAGGCAUCAAACCUGUCAUCUGACCAACUUUGUACACUAUGUGGAUCAUCAAGUCACCACGAGGUCAAAGAGCACAGUUCAAAGGUGACCUCCAUACUGUACAAAGUGGAUGACAAAUUGAAAGAGCUAAAAGUUGCAUGCGUCGUCCCAAUAUGCAUGUGCAAAUUUGUGGGAAGAAACAGUCCUGUUACAACCAGGACAUGUCCCC